UAUCACUAUCACAGGUGAUAGUGCAGGCGGAAACUUGGGCUCUUAUCCUCACGUAUGUCAUCUCGCAAUCCGCUCUCCCAAUGCCAGGACGCGUCGCACUCUUCUCCCCAAGCGCAGACCUCACUCUCGCCUCCCACACCUCCAUACCUCAUGACACCAUACCUCUAUCAAACUACCAAGCUUUUACUUCCCAAUAUCUAGGCAAUUUCCCUGCCAACCACCCUCUAGCUUCAGGCAUCCUAAUUCCAUUCACGGCAAGCUGGCCGGAGACAUUGGUGAUGACGGGCACAGCUGAUAGUUGUGCUGAGAGCUCGCGGAUAGUCGUGAGUCGUAUCCAACAGGCGGGCGGGAGAGCUGAGCUUGUGGAGUAUGCGGAUUUGACGCAUAUGUGUUGGAUGGUUCCUCAAUUCUUCCCGCAGUCGGACAAUGGGUUGGAGAGGCUUGCAGGUUUUGUAUACAAUUGAAGGAAUUGUUAAUGAGUGUAUGCAUGUAACAUUACGCCUUCUGCUGCAAAGUGAUCCAUCGUGGUCAUGCAUAGUGGAGGGCACUUACGGAUUUCUGUCAUUGUACUUACUAGUAGCAUCAAAGUGAUUCUGGUCGUCUCUGCAAAACACCCUGCAAGUUCAUCACAC